UUGGAAGAUAAGACCGAAUUCCACGAGGAGUUCAUCCGCUGCCUGAAGUAUGCCAUGAUCAUUUACACCCGGGAGCCAGCAGUGGAGAAUGUCAUUGAUUUUGUCACAAAGUUUGCUGCUAGUUUCGAAACUCCUGUUAAUGAGGAUGCUGAAGAGGAGGAGGAGGAGGAGGAAGACAAGAAUGAGUUUUUGAACUUCCUGUUGAACUUCCUGUUAGAGGUAGUGUCACACAUACAGGCAUUUAGCCUGAGAAAAAGCAUACUGAAGAGCAUAUCUCAUCGUAGCGUUACUUGUUUACGUAAGAUUUCUUAUCAUUAUCAUCUUUUUUUUCUCCCUCAGUCUCAUGGUGAGAACAUCCAUGCGGGGCGGUUUCGUGUUUGUCAGCUGGUGAAUAAGUUGCUGGGCAGUCUAAGUGAGAAUGCUCAGAUUGAUAAUGAUCUGUGUGAUAGAAUCCAUAAAGCCAUGCUGAUCAGAGCCACAGACAAAUACCCUAAUGUCAGGAUUCAGGCAGCACUGGCCAUGGCCAGACUCCAGGACCCCAGUAACUCGGACUGCCCCACUAUUAAAGCUUAUGUUCUGCUUUUGGAAAAUGACUCAAACCCUGAGGUUUGACGGGCUGUGCUGUCUUGCAUCCCUCCCUCCCUUCAUCGCACUUCACUUCCUAAAAUCUACAAGCGUACCCGGGAUGUUAAAGAGAAAGUCAGGAAACUUGCUUAUCAGGUGCUGGCAGAGAAAGUGCAUAUUCGAGCACUGAGCAUUGCUCAGAGAGUCAGUCUAUUGCAUGAAGGGCUCAGUGACUCCUCAGACUCAGUGAAGGAGGUCGUCAAGACCCAUUUGCUACCUGCUUGGCUUCGCUUGCUGCAGGGAGAUGUUUUGCAGUUGCUGCACAGACUGGAUGUGGAGAACUGUGCAGAAACUGCAGUUACUACCUUACAUGCCAUCUUUUCCAUGGCGACAAGCCCAGAUGACCUCUUGCAGAACGGUGUCAGGCUGGAUGAGAGGUCGAUUUAUCGUGCAAUCUGUGAGCUCCGCACGGAGACAGCAGAGGGUCUGGCCAAGUUGAUGUACUGUGGGAGAAUUCUAAGCCCAAAGCUGCUGUCCCGUCUGGUUCUGCUGUGGUACAAUCCUGUAACGGAGGAUGACCAAAGACUACGCCAUUGCCUGGGGGUAUUCUUACAGCUGUAUGCCCGGGCCAGCAGAACAAAUCAAGAGUGUGUGGAGGAGAGUUUUCUACCAACCAUGAGAACUCUGUUCAAUGCUCCUGUGACAUCGCCAUUGUCUGAGGUAGACGCAUCCAACGUGGCUGAACUGUUUGUUGAACUAACACGACCCAGCGCUCUUGUGCAACCGGCUGCCGUACAGGCUGUGUCUGUGCAUGACUCUCUGGGAGUGUGUAUUUGUCAUGAAAUCCUGAGGGACAUUUCUGCUCCUGAGGUGCGUCUGUACUGUAAAACUCUCAGCUGGCUGGAGAUUACAGUUUUUUACGAUUGUUUACACACUAAAAUAAA